GUUCUCAUUUUAUCCUAUUCAAAAACUCUUCUCACAUAUAAAUCAAAUUUUAUGAGUGCAGCUCAAUUCAGGUUCAAACAAUCAACACCUAUACGUACAAAUGAUACUAUGCAACCAUUAGAUGAAGAAGCUGGGAUUAAUUAUCAAAUUGAUAGAAUUAGAAGCUAUCGAAGUAAUGUAAAUAAUUCAAGAAUAUUAUUAAAUGAAGUGGAGAAAAUUAAUCAAAGAAUUAGAAUGUUAUUUAAAAAUUUGCUAAAAGAAACAGCAGAUUAUUUAAUAAUAUCUAAUUGUUAUUAA